ACCCACCUUGUAUUCAUCGACGUCGAUCAGCAAAAGAUGAAUAAAAUAAAGGAAUUGCAAAAACCGCCGCAGAACCCUCAGACAAGCCAACUGCUACCUUCUCAAAUCUACAAACCGUUGCAGAUCGUCGGUAAAGGCGCAUACGGCAGCGUUUGGAAAGGCUGUCACUUGCAAACUGGCUUUGUAGUCGCUAUAAAAGUUAUUGACUUCGAUAUUGCAAGCCAGUCUACUACUAUUGAAGAUGACGUCGCUGAUAUUCAGCGCGAAGUUAGCGUACUAUCCAGAUUAAGGGAUGUAGAGAAUAAAAAUGUUACACGCUAUUACGGCUGUCAUUUAGAAGGUCCUAAACUUUGGAUUAUUAUGGAUUAUGCAGGUGGUGGCAGUGUACGCACUCUGAUGAAAGCUCAGCCAAGAUUAGAGGAGAAAUUCGUCGUCGUAAUUGUCAGGGAAUGUUUAUACGCACUUAGCUUUCUUCAUAAAUCUGGUAUUAUCCAUAGAGACAUCAAAGCAGCAAACAUUUUGAUCAACUCUGCUGGAAGAGUUCUGUUGUGUGACUUUGGCGUUAGUGCUAAUUUACCAUCUGCUCACUCUAAAAGAACAACAUUCAUCGGUACACCUUAUUGGAUGGCACCCGAAGUUAUUGCGCACGGUGCUGAUUCUAUCAAUGGCAGAGAAUACGACAUGAAAGCUGAUAUUUGGAGUUUGGGUAUCACUACGUACGAAAUGUGUCAAGGUAGACCACCGCUUUCUGAUCAAGAAGCUAUGAAAGCUAUCUUCUUAAUCACGAGAUCACCUCCUGCUAGAUUACCAGAAGAUGAAAAAUACUCAAAAGAGAUACGUGACCUCAUGAAUCUAGUUCUCAAGGUGAGUAGUUAAUCUGUUUGGAUGAUAGCCUACUUAUUACUUCUUUAAGACAAUAAAUUUAGACCGAUUGCUCCUAGAAAUAGACUUUUAAGGAUUUUUGAUGACCCUAAUGCAGAAGAU